AUGGCGAAAACCGAGCAGCAUAUCUGCCAUGUCACUGGGUGUUUUCUGACCUACGCGGUGGGGGUUGUUGUGAUCAGCCUGAUCCUCAGCCUGGUGGUGGGGCCUCGCUACGGCCACAAGAAUGUGCUGGUUUACACGGUGAUCUGCUCCGGGAUUGGCUCUCUCUCUGUUGCCUGUGUCAAGGGGCUGGACAUCGCCAUCAAGGAGCUGGUGAGGGGCCAAGCGGUGCUGAUGGAUCCCCUGUUCUGGCUACUGCUCCUGUGUUUGGUGGUGUGUGUCAGCGUUCAGAUCAACUACUUAAACAAGGCCCUGGACAUCUUCAACACGUCCAUUGUCACCCCCGUGUAUUACGUGUUAUUCACCACGGCCGUCAUGACCUGCUCUGCUCUCCUGUUCCGCGAGUGGCACCAGCUGCCCCCGGAGAGUGUGGCCGGCACGCUCAGUGGCUUCCUCACCAUCGGCCUCGGCAUCUUCCUGCUGCACGCCAUCAAAGACAUCAGUCUUUCCCCAGAUUCCCUGCCGCCCUUCCUCAGGAGACAGCAGGAAACCAGCGGUUUGGUCCGGGGGCUUCUCCAGGAUUAGCAACCCCUCCAUCCAAGGCAACUGGGGAGGAGAGGACACUGAGGCUGUCACCGGAUGGUCAGGGUGAGGAGCGGAGGUGUCCAUGUGAUUGAAGGCAGCUCAGUGCAUGUUACUGUGAUCCCAGGGCCUGGGUUGUGUGCGUGUUGACGUGUUUAAAACCAUUUUGUUUCAGGGAAGCACAUGGCCAGACCUGCCAGGCUCUUUAUAUUGAUUUUAUUUUCUCAUCAUCAAAUAUUUCUGACCACCAUAGCCCAGUGUGACAGCACAGGUGUGGCUGGGAAAUGCCGAGCCCCUGACACAGCCUGACCUCACCUGACAGCAGAGGGUGUGACUGCAGGACAUAGGAACAUAAGAACAGGAGAGUUUAUUCAGCCUUUCGAGCCUGUUCUG